GUGGCAUGUGGGAUCUUACUUCCCCGACUAGGAGUCAAACCCACGUCCCCUGCUUUGGAAGACAGAUUCUUAACCACUGGACCACCAGGGAAUUCCCAACGGAGGGGCUUUAGACAGGGGCCUAGCCUACCUGACCCUUCGUUCUUUAUGGAGCUUGUGCCUGGCACGCCCCUACUAUUUCCCCUGGGAAGUGCCUUAGGAGAAGGGAUUUACCCCUCCAGCUACCUGGUUUCUGGCUCACAGAUGGGAAGACUGAGGCCCAGAGCUUGGAACCCACGGUUCCAGCCCUCUGAGAGGGAAACAGAAACAUAAAGGGUGCUGGCUCUGGUCUCCAGGGACUUCUACAGGAAUGAGAGGAGACCAAGGUGUAACCUGAGCUCAGGGUUCUGGUCAUCGUGGGGCUGGCCCAGGUAGCAGAUAAGCCUGGGAGGGCCCAACUACUCAAGGCGAAUUAAACACCUGGAUUCAAGUCUCAGCUGCACGAGUUACUAGGUAUGUGACCAUGGGUUAAUCACUAACCUUCUCAGAACCUCAGUUUAUUAGUCUGUAAAAUGAGGACAAUAAUCCCUAUCUCAGGAAGCUAUGAGAGAAUUAAAUAAGGUUGCACACUCAGCAAGGUGUCUGGCUCUGAGAAGAUUCAGUAAUUGAGGGCAGUAAUUAUUCUUACCUCAUUCAGCCCUCGCCCAACCCUGUGAGGUAAGUAGUGUUAUUACCUCCCUUUUUUCAGAUAAGAAAACUGAGGUCCUAUGGCAUGAAGUAAAUUGCACAAGGUCACAGCUAGGAAGUGAGGAAGAGAAGCCCCGCCCAUCCAGGCCAUGGAGGUAGAGUCAUCGGAGGAGAGGUCCCCAGCCCCUGGCUACAAGCGCUCUGGCCGUCGCUAUAAGUGCCUGUCCUGUACCAAGACGUUUCCAAAUGCACCCCGGGCAGCACGCCAUGCUGCCACACAUGGGCCUGCAGACUGCACAGAGGAGGUGGCCGAGGCAAAGCUGAAGCCAGAGACAGACCCCAAAGCGGAGGAUGCCAGCGGGGACAAGGUGUCAGGUGCAGCGGCGAAGCCUCGGCCGUAUGCGUGCCCGCUGUGCCCCAAGGCCUACAAAACGGCACCAGAGCUGCGCAGUCACGGGCGCAGCCACACGGGCGAGAAGCCCUUCCCUUGCCCCGAGUGCGGUCGCCGCUUCAUGCAGCCCGUGUGCCUGCGCGUGCACCUGGCCUCGCACGCCGGCGAGUUGCCCUUCCGCUGCGCGCACUGCCCCAAGGCUUAUGGCGCGCUCUCCAAGCUCAAGAUCCACCAGCGCGGUCACACCGGCGAGAGGCCCUACGCCUGCGCCGACUGUGGCAAGAGCUUCGCUGACCCCUCGGUGUUCCGCAAGCACCGGCGCACGCAUGCAGGCCUGCGGCCCUACAGCUGUGAGCGCUGCGGCAAGGCCUAUGCUGAACUCAAGGACCUCCGUAACCACGAGCGGUCCCACACUGGCGAGCGCCCCUUCCUCUGCUCAGAGUGCGGGAAGAGCUUCUCCCGCUCGUCCUCGCUCACGUGCCACCAGCGCAUCCAUGCGGCGCAAAAGCCCUACCGCUGCCCGGCCUGUGGCAAGGGCUUCACGCAGCUCAGCUCCUACCAGAGCCACGAGCGCACGCAUUCUGGCGAGAAGCCCUUCCUCUGCCCCCGCUGCGGCCGCAUGUUCUCCGACCCCUCGAGCUUCCGGCGCCACCAGCGGGCGCACGAGGGUGUGAAGCCCUACCGCUGCGAGAAGUGUGGCAAGGACUUCCGGCAGCCGGCCGACCUGGCCAUGCAUCGGCGGGUGCACACAGGCGACCGGCCGUUCAAGUGCCUGCAGUGUGACAAGACCUUUGUCGCGUCCUGGGACCUCAAGCGGCACGCGCUGGUGCACUCCGGCCAGCGGCCCUUCCGCUGCGAGGAGUGCGGCCGAGCCUUCGCCGAGCGGGCCAGCCUCACUAAGCACAGCCGGGUGCACUCGGGUGAGCGCCCCUUCCACUGCAACGCGUGCGGAAAGUCCUUCGUGGUCUCGUCAAGCCUGAGGAAGCAUGAGCGGACCCAUCGCAGUAGCGAGGCCGCAGGGCCUCCCCCGCAGCAGGAGCUGGUGGUGGGGCUGGCGCUGCCGGUCAGCGUGGCAGGCGAGGGCUCAGCAGCCCCGGCAGCAGGGGCUGGGCUCGGGGACCCUGCAGCAGGGCUGCUGGGGCUGCCUCCGGAAUCGGGUGGUGUGAUGGCCACCCAGUGGCAAGUGGUGGGCAUGACGGUGGAGCACGUGGAGUGCCAAGAUGCUGGGGUUGGGGAGGCUCCUGGUCCCUUGGGGGGGGCAGGCGAAGUGGGGGGUGAGGAGGUGGAUGAGAAACCACCACAGUUUGUAUGCCGGGAGUGCAAGGAGACGUUCUCCACGCUGACGUUGCUGCGACGGCACGAGCGCUCGCACCCAGAGCUCCGGCCCUUCCCCUGCACCCAGUGCGGCAAGAGCUUCUCAGACCGGGCUGGGCUGCGCAAGCACAGCCGCACCCACAGCUCUGUGCGCCCCUACACCUGCCCCCACUGCCCCAAGGCCUUCUUGAGUGCCAGCGACCUGCGCAAGCACGAACGUACCCACCCUGUGCCCAUCGGGACCCCCACGCCCCUCGAGCCCCUCGUGGCUUUGCUAGGAAUGCCUGAAGAGGGGCCAGCCUGAGUCCCAGGCCCCCUCUGCCACACUCCUGGGAGCUCCGCCCCUACAGGGUGCUUCCUGAACCUCCCUUUGCCUCACCUCACUCUUAGACUCCAGAUCCAUCCCUUCAUCCCAGGCAGCUAGCUCACCUUCCUGACAAAGAGCUGGGGACAGUGGAGGCUGGCAGCAGCCUCUGAGAGACAUGGCUCCCUCCGAGCACCACUCAUUAAAGCAUUCGCUUUGACACUGGGUUGUCUUCUGUGUUCUGGUCGGGGGUAAGUAAUGGGAAUUUGGGCAUCAGAUAAGGUUCAGUGGAGAUCCCUGGAUUGACAAAUUAGAAACUAGAAGGGUCUUUGGGUGCACUGUUUUCUCUACGUUUCAGAAUGUCUUGUGACAAAGGGUUCCACGGUCAAGUAAGUACAGGAAAUUCCUGUACCCUUAUUGGGGAUUCUUGGUGAUCAAAGUAUGUUAAAGUCAUCGAUAAGUCCUGCAAUGAACAAAUCUAUUUUGCUUUGUUUAGCCCACACUUACUUGACCUGUUACUGUGUAGCUCUACUUCUGUCUUUUUGCAGAUAAUAAACUGAGGCCCAAAGUUAGUAUAUUUCCCACAAAUUGCAAUAACAAAUUAGAAAAUACACUUGGGGUCCCAUUCACAAUAACAACAAAACCCAUAAACUACAAAGGAGUAAAUCUCACAAAAAACAUGCAAACCCUGUAUGAAGAAAAUAGUAUCUUUGUCCUGAAGGAUAUAAGACCUAAUUAAAUGGAGAUAUACCAUGUACCUGAGUGGAAAGUUGUUAUUAAAAGAUGUUGAUUCUCCAGUU